CUGGGAACGGUGGGAGCCGCCGUGUGUGUGGAGAAGCUGCUGCCGGUGUCAUGGCGGAGCUGAGUGAGGAGGCGCUGCUGUCAGUAUUGCCGACGAUCCGGGUCCCCAAGGCUGGAGACCGGGUCCACAAAGACGAGUGCGCCUUUUCCUUCGAUACGCCGGAGUCCGAUGGCGGUCUCUAUAUCUGCAUGAACACGUUCCUGGGCUUCGGCAAGCAGUAUGUGGAGAGACAUUUCAACAAGACGGGGCAGCGCGUGUAUCUGCACCUCCGGCGGACCCGGCGUGCGAAAGAAGAGGAGAACACUUCCGGCACUGGCGACCCACCCCGGAAGAAGCCCACCCGGCUGGCUAUUGGCGUUGAAGGCGGGUUCGACCUCUCCGAUGAGAGGUUUGAAUACGACGAGGACGUGAAGAUUGUCAUUUUGCCGGAUUACCUGGAGAUCGCCCGCGACGGGCUGGGCGGCCUCCCGGACAUCGUCCGCGACCGGGUGACCAGCGCGGUGGAGGCGCUGCUGUCCGCCGACUCGGCGUCGCGCAAGCAGGAGGUCCAGGCCUGGGACGGGGAGGUCCGGCAGGUGUCCAAGCACGCCUUCAACCUCAAGCAGCUGGACAACCCGGCGCGGAUCCCGCCCUGCGGUUGGAAGUGCGCCAAGUGCGAGAUGCGCGAGAACCUGUGGCUGAACCUGACGGACGGCUCCAUCCUGUGCGGCCGCCGCUACUUCGACGGCAGCGGGGGCAACAACCACGCCGUGGAGCACUACCGCGAGACCGGCUACCCCCUGGCCGUCAAGCUGGGCACCAUCACGCCCGACGGAGCCGACGUGUACUCGUACGACGAGGAUGACAUGGUCCUGGACCCCAGCCUGGCUGAGCACCUGUCCCAUUUUGGCAUCGACAUGUUGAAGAUGCAGAAGACGGACAAGACGAUGACAGAACUGGAGAUAGACAUGAACCAGCGGAUUGGCGAAUGGGAGCUGAUCCAGGAGUCGGGGGUGUCCCUUCAGCCCCUCUUUGGGCCUGGGUACACAGGCAUCCGGAACCUGGGGAACAGCUGCUACCUCAACUCUGUGGUCCAGGUCCUCUUCAGCAUCCCUGACUUCCAGAAGAAGUAUGUGGACAAGUUGGAGAAGAUCUUCCAGAAUGCUCCAACCGACCCCACCCAGGACUUCAGCACCCAAGUGGCCAAGCUGGGUCACGGGCUCCUCUCGGGAGAUUACUCCAAGCCAGCACUGGAGUCGGGCAAUGGCGAGCAGGUGGCGGAACAAAAGGAGCUUCAGGACGGCAUUGCCCCCCGGAUGUUCAAGGCCCUCAUCGGCAAGGGCCACCCCGAGUUCUCCACCAACCGGCAGCAGGACGCCCAGGAGUUCUUCCUGCACCUCAUCAACAUGGUGGAGAGGAAUUGCCGGAGCUCGGAGAACCCCAACGAAGUGUUCCGCUUCCUGGCGGAGGAGAAGAUCAAGUGUCUGGCCACGGAGAAGGUGAAGUACACGCAGCGCGUGGACUACAUCAUGCAGCUGCCCGUGCCCAUGGACGCGGCCCUGAACAAAGAGGAGCUUCUGGAAUACGAGGAGAAGAAGCGGCAGGCUGAAGAGGAGAAGGUGUCGCUGCCGGAGCUGGUUCGCGCCCAGGUGCCCUUCAGCUCCUGCCUGGAGGCCUACGGCGCCCCCGAGCAGGUGGACGACUUCUGGAGCACAGCCCUGCAGGCCAAGUCCGUGGCCGUCAAGACCACACGCUUCGCCUCGUUCCCUGACUACCUGGUUAUCCAGAUCAAGAAAUUCACCUUCGGCUUAGACUGGGUGCCCAAGAAACUCGACGUGUCCAUCGAGAUGCCGGAGGAGCUGGACAUCUCGCAGCUGCGGGGCACAGGGCUGCAGCCCGGGGAGGAGGAGCUGCCCGACAUCGCCCCGCCCCUCGUCACACCGGAUGAGCCCAAAGGUAGCCUUGGUUUCUAUGGCCACGAAGACGAAGACUCCUUCUGCUCCCCUCACUUCUCCUCUCCGACAUCUCCCAUGCUGGACGAGUCGGUCAUCAUCCAGCUGGUAGAGAUGGGGUUCCCAAUGGACGCCUGCCGCAAGGCCGUCUACUACACGGGCAACAGCGGCGCCGAGGCCGCCAUGAACUGGGUCAUGUCGCACAUGGACGAUCCAGAUUUCGCCAACCCCCUCAUCCUGCCUGGCUCUAGCGGGCCGGGCUCCACGAGCACGCCUGCGGACCCACCCCCCGAGGACUGCGUGAGCACCAUCGUGUCCAUGGGCUUCUCCCGCGACCAGGCCCUCAAGGCGCUGCGGGCCACGAACAACAGCCUAGAGCGCGCGGUGGACUGGAUCUUCAGCCACAUCGACGACCUGGACGCCGAGGCCGCCAUGGACAUCUCCGAGGGCCGCUCGGCCGCGGACUCCAUCUCCGAGUCCGGCCCGGUGGGCCCCAAAGUCCGGGAUGGGCCUGGAAAAUAUCAGCUGUUCGCCUUCAUCAGCCACAUGGGCACAUCCACCAUGUGUGGCCACUAUGUCUGCCACAUCAAGAAGGAGGGCAGGUGGGUGAUCUACAACGACCAGAAAGUGUGCGCGUCGGAAAAGCCGCCCAAGGACCUGGGCUACAUCUACUUCUACCAGAGAGUGUCCACCUAGAGCCCGCCCAGCCCGGCCGCGCAGGCGCAGGGGACAGGCCAGGGGCAGCGCUGGACUCCGGCCCCCUGCUCCUCCGGCCCCCCCUUUCUUCUUGCCCCCAGCAGCAGGGAAGAAGCUGGAAGCCACAGGAGACUGACCAGGCAAAGAGGAGGGCCCCCUGAUAGACUUGGGGGGCCAGGAGGGGGCCAUCAGGGGGCCCGGCUGGCCUCUGUCCCUGGGCUGGCUGGCCUCCCCUCCCGGGCUCUGCUGCUCCCCCGCCCCGCCCCGGAAGUGGGGGCGGGGUCUCACCUUGCGGGGCGGGCGGUGGGCGUGGCUUUGCGGCCCCUUGGGAAGAGGGAACCUGUGCCUCCCUCCCCACUGUGUGCGUGUGUGCGAGUGCGUGCGUGCGUGCGAGCGUGUGUGCGUCCUGCGCGCGGGUGGGCAAGGAGGGAUUUGAGGGACGCGGGGACCCCCCCCUUCGCCCUCCUGCCUCAGUCUCCCCCCCUCUCCCUUUCCCCAUCUCGUUUCUUCCCUGUUCUCUGGAAAAUGCCAAAAUACACGAUGUGA